AGUGCCGAAACUCCUCCAGCCCAGCAAGGAGCCCAGGAUGUUCCUGAAGGCUGUGGUGCUGGGCCUGGCCCUGGUGGCUGUCACCAGUGCCCGGGAAGAGGUCAGUGCUGACCAUGUGGCUACUGUGCUAUGGGACUACUUCAGCCAGCUGAGCAACAAUGCCAAGGAGGCUGUGGAACGUCUGCAGAAGUCAGAAAUCACCCAGAAGCUCAACACCCUCUUCCAGGACAAAGUUGGAGAUGUGAAUACCUACGCCAGUGACCUACAAAAGAAGCUGGUGCCUUUUGCCACAGAGCUGCAUGAGCGCCUGACCAAGGACUCAGAGAAGGUCAAGGAGCAGAUUCAGAAGGAGGUAGAGGACCUGCGGGCCCGCCUGCUGCCCCACGCCGAGGAGGUGAGCAAGAAGAUCGGGGACAAUGUGCGAGAGCUGCAGCAGCGCCUGGGGCCCUAUGCCCAGGAACUGCACACCCAGGUCAACAAGCAGGCAGAGCAGCUGCGGAGCCAGCUGAACCCCUACGUGCAGCGCAUGGAGACCGUGCUGCGGGAGAAUGUGGGCAGUCUGCAGGCCUCCCUGACACCCUAUGCCGACGAGUUCAAGGCCAAGUUCGACAAGAACGUGCAGGAGCUCAAGGGGCGCCUCCAGCCCCACACUGAGGGUCUCAAGGUUAAGAUUGACCAGAGCGUUGAGGAGCUGCGCCGCAGCCUGGCCCCUUAUGUGCAGGAUGCUCAGGAGAAGCUCAACCACCAGCUCGAGGGCCUGGCCUUCCAGAUGAAGAAGAAUGCAGAGGAACUCAAGGCCAAGAUCUCAGCCAACGCCGACAAGCUGCAGCAGAGGCUCACGCCCAUGGUGGAGGACAUCCAAAGCAAGCUGAGGGGCAACACCGAGGGGCUGCAGAAGUCUCUGGCACAGCUGAGCAGCCACCUGGACCAGCAGGUGGAGGAGUUCCAGCGCACUGUGCAGCCCUAUGGGGAGACCUUCAACACAGCCUUGGUGCAGCAAAUAGAGCAGCUCAGACAGAAGCUGGGCCCAUACUCGGGGGAAGUGGAAGGCCACUUGAGCUUCCUGGAGAAGGACCUGCGGGACCAGGUCAGCUCCUUCUUCAGCACCCUGGAGAAAGAGAAACAGGACAAGCCCCUGACCCUUGUCCUCCCAGAGCAGGGUGCUCCCGAAGCAGGGCUGCAGCCACCCCAGGAGCAGCCCGAGGAGCAGCCCCAGGAGCAGCCCGAGGAGCAGCCCCAGGAGCAGCCCCAGGAGCAACCCCAGCAGGAGCCCCAGGAGCAGCAAGAGCCCAUCCCUUUAGAGAGCUGAGCUGCCCCUGGUGUCCUCGCCCCAUCACCAUGGACACCUGCCCUGCCCCGCCUCCUGUCUGCCCAUCAGUCCCUAAACGCUUCUUGUAUGGGCGGGAGGACACAUGCCCAGUGGGCAGAAAUGCCCCUUCCCCAUACUCAAUACAGUUGCUGAGAAACUAGCCUA